CCUCGCCGCGUCCCGCCGCGGCGUCGUUGCUGCCUGUCCCCAUGGCGAAGAGCAAGGGCUGUGCGCUCCUGGCGGGAGGCGCCGCGGUGGCCUUUGUGGCGCCUGCCACAGACAGCACCCGCGCCCUGCCGCGCGCGGGCGAAGCCGCCAGCCGCGCCAGCGCCAGCGCCAGCCUCGCCAACAGCGCGACGGUUCCCGGCCUCCUGGCCGGCGGCGUGGUGGCUGCUGUGCUGGCACGCCCCGCUCCUGCGGACCGGCGCUCGGCCCGACGAGCCUUCGAGGGCGAGCUAGGAGUUCAGCCUCCCGUCGGAUUUUGGGACCCAGCAGGUUUUACGGCCGACGGGGACGCCAAGGAUUUCUACCGAAGGCGGGUGGUGGAGAUCAAGCACGGCCGUGUGAGCAUGUUGGCAUGCACCGGCUACAUCGUGCAGGAAUUCUUCAGAUUCCCAGGUCUUUUGUCGCCGUCCAGCGACCUGAAGUUCGCCGACAUUCCGAACGGAUUGGCAGCCGUGACCAAGGUGCCGGCGGUGGGAUGGUUUCAGUACACGAUCUUCUGCGGCAUUUGCGACCUGUGGUUGAUGCACCAGGUGCCCAGCAACCCGCCCGGCAAGCUCCAGACUCGGCUCUUUGGAGAAUCCACUACCAACUAUGAGUACGGAUUCUUGGGCCUCCCGGGCUACUUGGGCGGCAAGGCGAUCGCGGAUGAGGAGACCAAGAAGAAGAAGCUGAAUGCCGAGCUCGCCAACGGACGGCUGGCGAUGAUGGCCAUCAUUGGAAUGUUUUUCCAAGAUGGGCUCACGGGCUCUGCGUGGGGUGACUGGGCCAACUACACGGAUUCGCCUUUGCGUGCCUUCGAGGGCGAGUUGGGAGUUCAGCCUCCCGUCGGAUUUUGGGACCCAGCAGGUUUUACGGCUGACGGGGACGCCAAGGAUUUCUACCGAAGGCGGGUGGUGGAGAUCAAGCACGGCCGUGUAAGCAUGUUGGCAUGCACCGGCUACAUCGUGCAGGAAUUCUUCAGAUUCCCAGGUCUUUUGUCGCCGUCCAGCGACCUGAAGUUCGCCGACAUUCCGAACGGAUUGGCAGCUGUGACCAAGGUGCCGGCGGUGGGAUGGUUUCAGUACACGAUCUUCUGCGGCAUUUGCGACCUGUGGUUGAUGCACCAGGUGCCCAGCAACCCGCCCGGCAAGCUCCAGACUCGGCUCUUUGGAGAAUCCACUACCAACUAUGAGUACGGAUUCUUGGGCCUCCCGGGCUACUUGGGCGGCAAGGCGAUCGCGGAUGAGGAGACCAAGAAGAAGAAGCUGAAUGCCGAGCUCGCCAACGGACGGCUGGCGAUGAUGGCCAUCAUUGGAAUGUUUUUCCAAGAUGGGCUCACGGGCUCUGCGUGGGGUGACUGGGCCAACUACACGGAUUCGCCUUUGCGUGCCUUCGAGGGCGAGUUGGGAGUUCAGCCUCCCGUCGGAUUUUGGGACCCAGCAGGUUUUACGGCUGACGGGGACGCCAAGGAUUUCUACCGAAGGCGGGUGGUGGAGAUCAAGCACGGCCGUGUAAGCAUGUUGGCAUGCACCGGCUACAUCGUGCAGGAAUUCUUCAGAUUCCCAGGUCUUUUGUCGCCGUCCAGCGACCUGAAGUUCGCCGACAUUCCGAACGGAUUGGCAGCCGUGACCAAGGUGCCGGCGGUGGGAUGGUUUCAGUACACGAUCUUCUGCGGCAUUUGCGACCUGUGGUUGAUGCACCAGGUGCCCAGCAACCCGCCCGGCAAGCUCCAGACUCGGCUCUUUGGAGAAUCCACUACCAACUAUGAGUACGGAUUCUUGGGCCUCCCGGGCUACUUGGGCGGCAAGGCGAUCGCGGAUGAGGAGACCAAGAAGAAGAAGCUGAAUGCCGAGCUCGCCAACGGACGGCUGGCGAUGAUGGCCAUCAUUGGAAUGUUUUUCCAAGAUGGGCUCACGGGCUCUGCGUGGGGUGACUGGGCCAACUACACGGAUUCGCCUUUGCGUGCCUUCGAGGGCGAGUUGGGAGUUCAGCCUCCCGUCGGAUUUUGGGACCCAGCAGGUUUUACGGCUGACGGGGACGCCAAGGAUUUCUACCGAAGGCGGGUGGUGGAGAUCAAGCACGGCCGUGUGAGCAUGUUGGCAUGCACCGGCUACAUCGUGCAGGAAUUCUUCAGAUUCCCAGGUCUUUUGUCGCCGUCCAGCGACCUGAAGUUCGCCGACAUUCCGAACGGAUUGGCAGCCGUGACCAAGGUGCCGGCGGUGGGAUGGUUUCAGUACACGAUCUUCUGCGGCAUUUGCGACCUGUGGUUGAUGCACCAGGUGCCCAGCAACCCGCCCGGCAAGCUCCAGACUCGGCUCUUUGGAGAAUCCACUACCAACUAUGAGUACGGAUUCUUGGGCCUCCCGGGCUACUUGGGCGGCAAGGCGAUCGCGGAUGAGGAGACCAAGAAGAAGAAGCUGAAUGCGGAGCUGGCGAACGGAAGGCUGGCCAUGAUGGCGAUCAUCGGCAUGUUCUUCCAGGAUGGCUUGACCGGCUCAGCCUGGGGCGACUGGGCCAACUACACCGACUCCCCGCUCCGCGCCGAGGGUCGCAAGGCGUAAAGAACCGAGGAGCGCCAGGAGCGCAGCUUCAAGGAGCGUCUCCUUCAAGAGGAGUCACGCGAGUCGGAGCGAAGGUUCGGUGGAUUCCCAAGCUGGCGAUG